AUGGCUUCUGCCAUCGCUAACCUUCCCGCAGAACUCAUUGAAGCCGUGCUUAUCGUGGCCGCAGCCUCCGGGAACCCGAAUUCCAUAGCCGCCCUCUCCCAGACCAGCAAGUUCUUUUAUGAGCUAAUCUACUGUUGUCCAGACCAACACCUGUGGCGGGAGAUCUUCCUUACUACUUUUGAUGAUCCCAGACCCGCUCUGAAUCAUCUGACCACCAUGUCAGAUGGUCAUCAUAACUUGGAGUUCAACUGGACUCGAGAAUACAUUGACCGUAUCAGCGCAGCUAGGUAUAUCAGACGUCCGGUCCAAACGACUGCCCCAGUAAGUUCGCAGUCGAAGGUUCUCGAUAUACCAGUGCCAUCAUUAUCCGUAGUGAAAGCACUACUCUCAGUCAUCACCACCUCCUUGCCCUUCCCGUCAUCCCCGCGUAUAUCUCUCACCAUCCUAAAUGACUUUCCCGAGUCCAAGUCCCCUUUCGCACCCAUGACCAACGCUCCCCUGUUACCGCCCCUGCUUCACUUGCUUACAGCGAAUUACAGUGCCAUGCUCGGUAGCGUCAAUGUGCCGUGGCUUCAGGAUUUGUUAGAAAUCGGACUCCCUCCUGAGCUCACGCGCACGCUAAUGGCAAAGCUGUCCUUCGAUGUCCAGGGUCAUGCGCCGUACCAGCCUACUCUAACAUCUGCGUCGCAGUGGGACGGAUCAGUAGUCGGCCAGCUAUUCCACAAACUCGUCUGCUGUACCGGCUUUAUACCUAUUGCCGCGCCAGACGAAGACAUGCCUCCCCUACCCAUCACAUGCUCGCGACCCUUGUUAUACACCCCUGAAGGGCAAUCCGCUGAUGCCCGCACCCUUGCACGCAGACGUGUCUACGACAUGCGCUACCUCGGACCUGCACGCAUGUGGGGUCCCUUCCAACCCGUGCGACGCAACACCACCGAUUCACCCGAGUCAAACCAUCUCGAAAUCUUGGAUGAGGAUGAGAACGAAGACAAUGACGAGGACGAUGAUGAUGACGACUUGGGUCUGAUGCACUUUGGACUGAUGCACGGGCACCGCGUUCCUGAUGUGGAUCCACCAAUCGAGCCGUAUGAGCUCGUACCGGACUAUGUGUGGCUUGCGUCUGCGCGUAUCGUUGUCGAGGCGAAUUUAAGGGAGAUGCCGCCUCCAUUUUCGGCAAGUGACGUUUUGCCGUAUAUGCGCAAAAUGUAUGCGAUGUCCAUCGGUGGAUCACCUGGGUAUUGGAAUGCAUGGGCAAAUCGACCUGGGGAGGGAGAUAGAUCCGAGGGCAGUGAGAAAAGCAAGCAGGGCGAAGUUGAGGGAUGGGAUUGGGCAGGUAUUAGUGGUGUUUGGAAGCGAUGUGUUUGCUGGCUUGAUUACCGAGAUCUCUUGAGUAAGUACUCUCGGUUCCUCCAAGACGACAUCCAAGAAGCUUGCCGAAUCAUACCCAUUGCUGUUCGCAUAACUGGCUACUCCGAAUCCCGCAUCCCACCAGGCAACGCCACUCGCGCCCUCCCAACCAUCCACUUCGAGGGUGAAUCUUUAGGGUCUGAUCACAGUUUAACCGAAUUACGCAAAGUCACUGGUACAGUGAGCAUGAUCGGUGAUGGGGCUAUUCGAUGGCAAACAGUAUCUACUGCAGCCGGGUCAAAUGAGCCAGAAUGGUCGUCAGAGGCAGUUCAAAUUGGGGGACCGGGUGCGGCGGUUGGGUUUUUGGGGAUGUGGACUGGGGCAAUGCAUGAGAGACCGGACCCGCUUGGUCCCUUUUGGGCUUGGAAGGUCGCAUAA